GAGGGGGAGGUUGCACAAACCUUCCUGUGCAGGCCUCAGGCUGCCUGCCUGCCUUCCUGGCCUGUACACAUCCUGCCUCUCUCCCGCUCUCUGCCUGCCACCUGGGCUGCCUGCCCUGGGCCUCCGCCUGUGUCCUCCAUCACCGGGGCUGGCAAGGGCCUGGGCUGGAUAUCGUGGUCCACCCUCCCAUCGCUGGGCAGGGCUCCUUCCUCAUUUCGCUGCUGAUUCUAGCCCCAAACAAAACAGGUUGAGCCUUUUUUCCUCCCUCCGGCAGUUGUCUCUGGCUUGUGGCUGCCUUCUGAGCUCGCAGACGGCGGGCGCCGCGCGGCUGGAAGCAGGAGGGGAGGGCCUGGGCCAGCCGCGCUGGGACUGUGACGGGCUCCUGGCUCCUGGCCCAUGUUCAGCCCUGCUUGAGGCAGGAGCGCUAGCAUUUGACACAAGAGACGCCUGAGGAUGAUGGCCCAGCUGCAGUUCCGAGAUGCUUUCUGGUGCAGGGACUUCACGGCCCACACGGGAUAUGAGGUGCUGCUGCAGAGGCUGCUGGAUGGCAGGAAGAUGUGCAAGGACGUGGAAGAGCUGCUCAGACAGAGGGCCCAGGCGGAGGAGAGGUACGGAAAGGAGCUGGUGCAGAUUGCGCGCAAGGCCGGGGGCCACACAGAGAUCAAUUCCCUGAGGACCUCCUUUGACUCCCUGAAGCAGCAGACGGAGAACGUGGGCAGCGCACACAUCCAGCUGGCCCUGGCCCUGCGUGAGGAGCUGCGGAGCCUGGAGGAGUUCCGUGAGAGGCAGAAAGAGCAGCGGAAGAAGUAUGAGGCUGUCAUGGACCGUGUCCAGAAGAGCAAGCUGUCACUCUACAAGAAGACCAUGGAGUCGAAGAAGGUAUAUGACCAGAAGUGCCGGGAUGCAGAUGAUGCUGAACAGGCCUUUGAGCGCGUGAGUGCCAAUGGCCACCAGAAGCAAGUAGAGAAGAGCCAGAAUAAAGCCAAGCAGUGCAAAGAGUCCGCCACAGAGGCAGAGCGAGUGUACAGGCAAAAUAUUGAACAGCUGGAGAGAGCAAGGACCGAAUGGGAGCAGGAACACCGGACCACCUGUGAGGCCUUCCAGCUGCAGGAGUUUGACCGCCUGACCAUCCUCCGCAACGCUCUGUGGGUACACUGCAACCAGCUCUCCAUGCAGUGCGUCAAGGACGACGAGCUCUAUGAAGAAGUACGGUUGACACUUGAAGGCUGUAAUGUGGACGGCGACAUCAAUGGCUUCAUCCAGUCCAAGAGCACCGGCAGAGAGCCCCCGGCUCCGGUACCGUAUCAGAAUUACUAUGACAGGGAGGUCACCCCACUCCUCGGCAGCCCUAGUGUCCAGCCAUCCUGCGGUGUGAUAAAGAGGUUCUCGGGGCUGCUGCACGGAAGUCCUAAGACAACAUCUUCUCAACCUCCUGCUGCUUCCACAGAGAAUCUGGGUCCCACUCCUGAUCGGAACGAGUUGGUCUAUGCAGCCAUCGACGUGCAGGCAACGCAGGGAGCCCUUGCCGCAUCAGCCCAGGACUACCGGGCGCUCUAUGACUACACGGCACAGAAUUCCGAUGAGCUGGACAUUUCUGCAGGAGACAUUCUGGUGGUUAUCUCGGAAGGAGAGGAUGGCUGGUGGACCGUGGAACGGAAUGGACAGCGUGGGUUUGUUCCUGGGUCCUACUUGGAGAAGCUCUGAGGAAAGAACAGUAGUGCCCAUGCACCUCUGCCCUGAUGGUGAGGUCAGGACCGUUCUCAUCACUGCCCAGGCCUCGUGGGGCCAGACUCAAGCUUGGUUGCCCUAGGGAUGGGAUGGGUGCUGGCUAUUCCCAGUGCAUUUCUUCCAGAAGGAAUAAAGGGCACAUUCUUCCUC